AUGACAUUCGGGUAUACUUUGGAACGCAAUUCCUCGGUUAUCGUCCCCUACAAUCGUCUCCAAAACAUUACGGAUAGUCUUAGGUUUUUCAGAAGGAUAAGGUUUGAAUCUGGUGAAAGAGCCUUGGUUAGUUUUCAGUAUGAGAGACUACGUAGGAUUUGUAGUCACUGUUUUAGGCUAACUCACCACCGGAGCUACUGUCCAUACCUUCUUAUUCCAAGACACAGUCCUGAAGGUCCUGAUCGCUCUGUGAAUGGACGCCAUGAGGUUAUGGAUGAGAUGAAUAGAUCAGAUUUGAACUCACAAUCCCAACUCUCUGAUAGCUCUUUGGCCAGUCCAAUUUCCCAGCCUCCUCAGAUGUCUACUCCACCGGCGGAUUAUGAUGAUAUGUCAGAGGCUCUCCCCUCUUUCCAUGGUUCUAGUGCUGAUGAUACUGACGUCUUUACAGUCCCUGGACCACGUUCUUGUCAUAGAAGGCGACAUCUUUCAGAGCACUCUCAUAGUAGUCUCCAUUCUGAUGGAUGUGUUCCUUCAAUGGGAUUUACAAAUUUAGAGCCAGGGGAGUCUUCCAAAAGAAAGGGCUCAAGUGUAUCACCUCCGGUGUCUGACCAAAGAAUGAAGAAGAAGUAUCCAGGUAUCAUAAUAACAGAAAGCCAGCUGCCACCCAAGAAACGUUAAGUACUUGGGAUAAAUGAUCACUCCACUCAAGAAAAAUUCGGUCACACUUUUUGGCUCUGCAAUGGAUUGCAGAUUUUACGGUUACCUUUAAUUACAGUCCUUAGUUUAGUUUGAACGGAAAAUGGUUGUAGUAUAGAAAUGGAAAUAAAGGUUGAUGGGUGUAGUAUAGGUCUGGAUAAACGACUGAUGUGUGUAGCAUACUGUUUGGUAGCUUUGGACAUAGGUGCUUGCUUGAUGAAGUCACAGUUAAACUGCCAAGGGUUUUUUUGGAAGAUACUCAUAAGCUGUACGCUUAAGAAGUAUGAUCCCUCAUAUUAGUUUCUUUGAAGCAGAAGUUACAAAGGUUUUAACAUUCUCUGAAGCUAGCUUUGUAAUAAUGCUCCUACUAAUAUGAUGUAAUACUGUACUGUGGUUUACUUUGUAAUUAAUAAAAUCAACUUUUUGUGAAAA